AAGUUUAGUUGCAAAAAACACCUAGAGGCGACACACUGAUCACGAUAUCCCAAUUCCACCACCACCUUCUGAAAAUCCUAUCCUCCUUCUCCGGCGAACUCUUGUUUAAGCUCCGGCGACCUUUCCCUCUCAAUUUCCAUGGAGGUUUUGGAGCGUUAGACUAGUUCUCUUUACUAUUGAACCCGUCUUACAUAAAGCUUCAAUAUUACUAUAUCUCUCCGCCAUAACGGUUGUUCGGGCAACCUGGAAAAAAUCGGUGGUGGUGUGAUGGGAUUUUGUAUAUGUCCUUUGGAGGUUCCAGCGAGGUUUCUUUGGAGCACCAGUUUUUUCCGCCACAAGAUUAUGAUUUUCUAAUUAGUUCCACACCCCCUUAAAACAAAGUACAUAUUAAUAUUCACUCUAUAAGCAAGCAUCAACGGCGGACAUCUCACGCGCCACCCCUUCCCGCCAGCGCUUGGAGUUCACAGAGGAAGAUCAAGAGAUCAAUUGUUUAGCCGGAAAAGAUGAUGGAGCCGGGGCGUCUUUUCUUUGACCCUUCGCCGUCGGCGGUUUGCCAGCAAGGUGGUGGUGGCAACAUGUUGUUCCUCGGGAAUCCUGAUCACGUUUUUCGAGGGCCAAGAUCCAUGAUGGGUUUGAUGGAUCAGGAGAGCUCGAGGAGGCGACCUUUUUUCAGCUCCUCCUCGUCGCAGGACGAACUGUUCGACGAGGAAUACUACGACGAGCAGCUGCCGGAGAAGAAGCGCCGCCUCACUCCUGACCAGGUGCAUAUGCUGGAGAAGAGCUUUGAGACAGAGAACAAGCUGGAGCCGGAGCGGAAGACGCAGCUGGCCAAGAAGCUAGGCCUGCAGCCGAGACAGGUGGCCGUCUGGUUCCAAAACCGCCGCGCUCGCUGGAAGACCAAGCAGCUCGAGCGGGACUACGACCUUCUCAAAUCUUCUUAUGACACCCUUUUGUAUAAUUACGACUCCAUCCUCAAGGAGAAUCAGAAGCUCAAAUCCGAGAUGGUUUCCAUAAACGAGAAGCUUGGAGGUAAAGAGGAGGCUAAUAGCACAAAACCAGCAACAUUUGCAGGGGAUGACCACGAUGACGAGAAGCGUGGCCCUCUUCUUCCAGCCGGUGAUCAGAUGACGGAGGUUGUUCCAAUAACUAGUCUCCAGCACAGUUGCACCAUCAAGGCGGAGGACCGCCUGAGCUCAGGGAGCGGAGGAAGUGCCGUGGUGGACGAGGCCGAAGGCCCUCGGCCUGUGGACAGCGGUGACUCGUAUAAUUUCCCAAACAACAUCCAUAACGACUAUCCUCAUGAUCAUGAUACCCAUCAUCAUCAUCAUCAAUAUGUGGCGCCACAUGAUCAUGUAGAACAUCAUCACAGCGGAGUCCACUCAGAAGAAGAUGAUGGUAGCGAUGACGGCCAGGGUUACUUCUCCGAUGUCUUUGCAGCUGCAGUGGCGGAGCAGCAAGCAGCACAGGAGGAGGGUGUUUCUUUGGGGUGGUGGGUGUGGUCCUAGUCGCCCUAAAUUGAAGUGUACUACCUAUUUGCUUAAGAUGGUUGCAUGUAUGGCGUUGCUGUGUGGGUCGAUAAACAUAUUAUAGCUACGCUUAAUUACACUAUUGCCCCCUGAAAGUGUUCGUUCAUAAAUAAAGUGUUUUCCUCAACGACGUUAUAUUGAGGGCAAAUA